UUGCGUUACAUGGAGCCUUGGAGCCCAUGUAAGUAUAUAAAGAGCCUGGUGUCAAAAGUCAGCAGCAUCAGUUGUUUGUCGAAUUGUCUUCCAGUCCACUACUAACACAGCACUCCUCAUCAUGAAGAUUGUCAUUCUUUCCGUAUUGGUGGUCGUGGCUGCUGCUCAAACUGCUUACAAUAAAGAGCCGGCUUACAAAUCUUCUGAAUACCCCCCACAGCCGUACAGCUUUGAAUGGGAAGUCAACGAUGCUCCUUCCUACAACAACUACGGCCACUCUGAGAAAAGCGAUGGCAAUGUCGUCACCGGAUCGUACCGAGUUCAACUCCCCGACGGUCGCAUGCAAAUCGUCAACUACAGGGCUGACAGUUACGGUUACGUCGCUGACGUAAAAUACGAGGGAGAAGCCAAUUAUCCCGAAUACAAACCAGCCGCUUACAAAGCCCCAGCUCCGUCCUAUCCGGCUCCUUCAGCCCCGUCCUAUCCAGCUCCUCCAGCCCCGUCCUAUCCAGCUCCUCCAGCCCCGUCCUAUCCAGCUCCUUCAGCCCCGUCCUAUCCAGCUCCUCCAGCCCCGUCCUAUCCAGCUCCUCCAGCCCCGUCUUAUCCAGCUCCUACUGCCCCGUCCUAUCCAGCUCCUUCUGCUCCUGUUUACCAGGCCCCAGCUACUCCAGCCUACAAGGCUCCGGCCCCAGCACCUGCCUACAGAGCCCCUACUCCCGCUGCCCCGGCUUACAAAGCCCCAGAAGCUCCCGUCUACAAAGUCCAAGCUGCUCCCGCUGUCAAAAUCCCUGCUGCUCCGGUCUACAAAACUCCCGCCGCUCCGGCACCUGUAGCCCCAGUUUACAAAACUCCCGCUCCCGCUGCCCCGGCUUAUAAAGCUCCUUCAGCUCCGGCCUACAAAGCCCCUACUCCCGCUGCUCCGGUUUACAAGGCCCCGGCUCUUGCGGCCCCGGCUUACAAGGCUCCCGCUCCCGCUCCCCCGGCAUACAAAGUUCCAUCCACUCCAAUCUAUAGGACCUCCGCUGCUGCCUCUUCGCCAUGGAUUCCAAUUCGCUCCUAAAUACUAUAAGCUCAUACAAUAAUUAAAUAGUGCUCAAUUUAAUUAGGUUGUGUUUACAGGAAAGAAUUGACAAUGACGCUGGUUGCAUUCGAUGAUAUACGUGCCCCUAUUGUAUGCCCCAUUAAUACUCUUUUGCGUGUGUGUAUGUGUGUGUGUACCUUUAUAAAGAAUACAAUUUUUAAAAGAUAGAAAAAUAAUAAA